GCGGAAGGCUGGGGGAGGGCGACGUAUUUCCGGCGGGGAGCUGGCGGCUGCCGAGGAAGGGGAGUCGGUGGCGCGGCGGCCCGGGGGCAGCCGGGGGCGAUUAAUUAAUCUUCAGCGAUGUCUUUCAUUUUCGAAUGGAUCUACAACGGCUUCAGCAGCAUGCUGCAGUUUCUAGGUUUGUACAAGAAAUCUGGAAAACUUGUGUUCCUGGGUUUGGAUAACGCGGGCAAAACCACUCUGCUGCACAUGCUUAAAGAUGACAGGCUGGGCCAGCACGUCCCGACACUACAUCCCACGUCAGAGGAGCUGACGAUUGCCGGAAUGACCUUUACGACUUUUGAUCUGGGUGGACAUGAACAAGCUCGCCGGGUGUGGAAGAACUACCUGCCAGCCAUCAACGGGAUCGUCUUCCUGGUGGACUGCGCAGAUCACUCGCGUCUUAUGGAAUCCAAAGUUGAGCUUAACGCACUAAUGACAGAUGAAACAAUAUCCAACGUGCCAAUCCUUAUUUUGGGUAAUAAAAUCGACAGACCGGAGGCCAUCAGCGAGGAGAAACUGCGGGAGAUCUUUGGGCUCUACGGACAGACCACGGGAAAGGGAAACGUGCCGCUGAAGGACCUGAACGCGCGUCCCAUGGAGGUGUUCAUGUGCAGCGUGCUGAAGAGGCAAGGCUACGGCGAAGGCUUCCGCUGGCUAUCGCAGUACAUUGACUGAUACUCGGACGGACAUAAAGAGUUUGUUACUCCUCUGGACUGAUCCUCUCCACAGCUUCCUACGGACUUUUCUAUUCGAACACGGAAAGGUUUUUCUCGACCGCAUCACCGUCAUCGACCAAGAGACUCCUGGUUUUCGGCUGCCCUUAUCGCGCAGUGGUGACGCAACUCUUUUCCACGCGACGGGGAGAUCCCUUUCGGUUCAGUUACGGUGCGACCCGGGGAGUAAAAACGCCGCGCGCUGUGCUGUAACAGCUGAAAAAGAGAGCGCGCCUCACCACUGUGGUUAAUUGACUUCAAAAAAGGAAAAGCAAUUAUAUUUUUUAAAGAAAGUGUUAAUGUAAACAGCGUCCCUUCUAACUUUUUAGUUUAACGUUCAUCUUGUUUAGUCCAGAGUCUGGUUAGGGGGUUUGGGUUGGGGUUUUUUUGGUUUUUGUUUGUUUUUUUUUUUUUUUUAAAUAUAUUUAACGGUAUUUAGAUAUUUCGCAAAUUACUGAACCAAGGUAUCACGAUACUAGACGUCCUCAAUAAACAUAGCAUUUGGGCUUAACCGAGCUGUAGGGUGGCUGUGCUGCGUCACAAUGCCGACCGACGACGAGGAGGGUGCCGGCGGGACGGACGUCCGCGAUCCGACCUUUCCGUCACGGGGAUUGAUUCGGUAGUUGUUGGGAGAGGAGCGCCCGCGAGCACGCCCGCUUUAAGGCGUCGGGGUGCGGUGACCGGCGCCUCGCUCCCGCACGAGGACGGCGGGACCCUCUUUGCGCCGUCGCGGGGAGAAGCCGUUUUCGGCGGUUGUAGCGUGGAAGUGCGUGACGUUUGCGUAUCGUGACGUUAUCGAUGUAGACUAAACCAGUUUCUUUUAUA